AACAUGACCCCAUUAAGUAUUUCCACGGUUAGUGAUCAUUUAAACACGAAAAAAUAUUGGUUAUGUCGCCGUCAUCAUGACAGUGACAGUUUUAAUUAUACAUGUGAUGUUUAUUAUUUGUGAAGUAAUUAGUACGUUGUGUGUAUAAGUUAAUGAUAUCUAAGAGAUUGCUAACUUAUCAAUUACUUGUGCAAUAAUGAACACUGAAGGGGAUGUAGAUUCAGAUAUGGAAUGCUCUGACAACGAAUGCUUUGGUGACGACUCUGAUUACUAUAACACCGAUGAUAUUGAUAUUGAACAAGUGGAUCCAAGCAAAAACGAUCCAGAAUAUUUUGAAUUUGAGUGCUUAACAGAAGAGCAAGUAGAGAGACUGUUAAACGAAUCUGUUGAACUUUUGAGUAAUAACCUUCAGAUACUGCCUUCUCUUGCAAAGGUGUUGUUGCAUUAUCACAAUUGGAAUGUAUCAGAAAUAAUAGGGAAAUAUAGGGAGAAUGCAUCUCAGCUACUUAUCAACUCUCGAGUAAAACCAUCAUCAGCACCAGCUUCCAAUAACUGCUCGCGAUACCUUACGUGCCCUGUGUGUGUCUUAACUCAUUCAAGUGAUAAAUUUCUUAGUUUAAAUUGUGGUCAUUUAUUUUGUAAAGGCUGUUGGACUAUUCAUUUUGAAGUUCAAAUAAAUCAGGGGAUAUCCACAGGAAUUAGUUGCAUGGCUAGAGAAUGUGAAGUGUUAGUACCAGAGGACUUUGUAUUAAAACUUGUUCUGCAACCAAAUAUCAAGGAAAAAUAUUUACAGUACAUAUUUCAAGAUUAUGUUAAGUCUCAUCCACAGUUAAGAUUUUGUCCAGGACCAAACUGUCAGGUUGUCAUUAAAAGUCAAGAUACAAAGGCAAAAAGAGCUACUUGUUCAAAAUGCAAAUCAAUUUUUUGUUUUAAAUGUGGUAUAGAUUAUCAUGCACCUACAGAUUGUCAUACAAUUCAAAAGUGGUUAACAAAGUGUGCAGAUGAUAGUGAAACAGCUAAUUACAUUAGUGCUCAUACCAAAGACUGCCCCAAAUGUCACAUAUGCAUUGAGAAAAAUGGGGGUUGCAAUCAUAUGCAGUGCUAUAAUUGCAAGUACGACUUCUGCUGGAUGUGUUUAGGUGAUUGGAAGGCACAUGGAUCAGAAUACUAUGAAUGUUCACGCUACAAAGAAAAUCCUAAUAUAGCUCAUGAGUCUGUCCAUGCUCAGGCACGGGAAGCCUUAAAGAAGUAUCUUCACUAUUAUGAAAGAUGGGAGAAUCAUCUAAAGUCGUUGAAGUUAGAAAAGGAAACUUUUGACAAAUUGAAAACUCGCAUAAACCAAAAGGUGAUGUCUGGAAGGGGCACAUGGAUAGAUUGGCAAUAUCUUUUCACAGCAGCGUCUUUGCUGGCUAAGUGUAGAUAUACUUUACAAUACACCUACCCAUACGCUUAUUAUAUGGAUACAGGGCCACGAAAAGAACUUUUUGAAUAUCAACAAGCUCAAUUAGAAGCCGAAAUAGAAAAUUUAUCGUGGAAAAUAGAACGCGCCGAAACGACCGAUAGAGGAGACCUAGAAAAUCAAAUGGAUAUAGCGGAAAAAAGGAGGACUACCCUUUUAAAAGAUUUUUUAGAUGUGUGAUACAAUAUGAUAUUAAUUUUUUUCUUGUUGGGCCAAACAAUUUAUUACUGAUUCGUCGUCUUCAAUCAGUCGUAUAAUUGAAUUUAUACAUGAAUUAUUGUGACUGUUCAAGUCGUUCAAUUUUUUGUCUGUAAGUAAGGUAAUUGUACUAACGAUAAAUGGUAGAGCUUUGAUUCAGAAGAGAAGGAACUUAAUUGUAGAUAUUUUAGUGGUUAAAACGUAUCAAUGUUUUUAAAGAUUCUGUCUAAAAUAAUGAUUUUCAGAAUAAUGCAAUUGAAAUCUGGAAACAUUUCAUAUGUAAUUUUACUGAAUGCUUUUUUAUUUAAUUUAAUACCAAAGAUGAAGAUGGAAAAUUAGCAUAAUAUGUGUUGAUAGCUUUCAAUUAGUUAAUUAAAAUUAAUGAAUGCUGCAGAUCUUAUUCAAUUUUAUAUAAUUUGUCAGAAAAAAAUAUUUUAAUUAUUGUAGUAUAUGACUUGAUUGUGGCAAUCAUACAAAUUACACUUUGUACCUUAUAUUAUCUCAAAAAUGUCAUUAUGUUGGUAAUUUUAAUUAAUUUUAUUAGGUCAUUUAUACUGCAUUUAUUCUUAUGUGUAUUGCAAGUUGCAGUUUAAAUUCCUACAUUUUAUUUUAUCAAAAUUUUGUAUAAUGCGAAUAAUAAGUACAUUUAAUUUUUUUUACACCUGUUGUAUACUGUUUAAGUAGAAACAAUUAAUUAAUAAUUUAUAAAUUUGUUUUUAUUUUGCAUACUUUUGUAAACUUCUGUAGUACCGUUUGUCACAAGCAAAAGAAGUAAUUGUAGUUUUUAUUUGUAUGGAGACAAAGAUGGCUAAAAGAAAAACAGUUUUUAAUAUUCAUUCUCUUGAAAAUGUAAAAUAAAUAAAAUUAAACAAAUUUUAAUUUAA